AUCAAUUAUAACACUCCUCCAAAUAUUAAUGACACGUACAAUCAGAAUUUGAUGUACUCCCAAAAGAGACCUUACCCACCGCCGGUGCAAAAUGCAAAGCCUGUACAAUCUGCUUAUGGAUACGGCCAGCCGCAAAAUACGACGCAGAAACCCGUACAUUCUGACGGAAUGCUUCAUCAUAAUAACAACUCAUCUUCUAAUCGGCCACCGCCACCUCAUCAUUACUACCCAAAUAGCAAUCCACCAAUAAUUCCUCAACAGCAAUCAAAUUAUUCCUACCCUGGAGAUUCAAUUCAUUCGCAGAAUGGAUACAACUAUGAUCCGCAAGGCGAAUAUUCCUCAAGUAAUUAUGAACACCCCCAACAACAAAAUUACGCACCCCAAAGUCAGUCGUCGCAAAAUCAGUUUCCUCAUAACAAUUAUCAGCCGGGAAAUGGUUCAUACGCUUACCCAGUUACUCAAGGUCUGCCUUCAUCUGAUCAGUCGGAUCACCAGGGUCAACCGAUCCAUCGCAAAAAAGUCGAUCAAUCAAGAUAUCCCAAUAUGAAAUCCUGCUCUGAAGUCCUUAAAAAAUAUAUCGAAAACAAUCACACUCUGAAAGGUUUCGUCAUGCCGGAGGAAUGUAAUGCGGCCAUACAUCUCGGAGUCGGUGACGCGGAUGGGCUACAGUUUCAUCUUGAUUCGGGGGAUAACGUGAACCGGAAUUAUGAUUACAGUGGUUUCUGCGAACCGCUUAUACACAUAGCCACUUUUAAUUGCAAAGGACCAAAUCUAAAUAUGAUACUAAAAAUAUUGAAACACAAUAAAGCAGAUUUUGGCAUUAGGAAUAAGCAAAAGAAAACUGCCCUUCAUCGAUUGCACGAUAACUCGGGAUUUCGAAAUUUGUUUAAGGAAGACGAGAAGAAAUAUGUAAGGCGUAUGACGGAGGCAAUAGAAAUACUGUGCGAAAACCAUUGUCCAAUAAAUGCUCGUGAUAAAGAUGGCCGAACGGUGCUAUCAUACUUUUUGGCCGAGAAACAUGGUAAACCCGAGAGUCGACAAACCGUAAUUUUAACCUUGUUAAAAAUGGGCGCAAACCCUAAUUUGUCGUGUACCGUCAAGGGACUGGAGCAGACAUUCUACGCGCCCACGGCAUUGUUCCUGGCCAUAGAAUAUGAAUGGCCGAUUGACCUCAUUGAGUUGUUGAUGAAAAAAGGAGCGGACGCUCGGAAAUGGGACACCACAAACAAGAUGAAUAUAUUGGGACUGGCAGUUCAGAAGAGGAAACAGGAUCUGGUCAAGUGGUUAUUAGAUCACAUUUCUUGUUUGUCCGAACCUGAGAGCAUUAAGGCAGCUAAGCGUAAGACAAGCUUCACGCAGUCGAUGCUGAUGUCAUGGCGUGGGAGAAAAACGUUGAAAGAUAAUUUAGAAAAUUACCCACGGACAGACGUCAAUGUCGACGCGGAUGAUGAGGAUUCCGAAAAACCAUGGUUUAUCGAUGCGGUCAAUAAGAAAUAUGAGGAACGCAAGCAACAUAAGGAAGAUGAUUCUGGAAAAAAUGAUAGCAAGAAAAAAUGA